UUAUAGAAGCGUUUCUGAAUUAUAUUAUGAAUUUAAUUAGUUUUCUCGCGUUACCGGCGCGCAGUGGGUGCAGUUCCACUCCCCGCCGCGGGGCGUCGCGCUUUCUCCGGUUUCUCCAGCUGAGCCGACACUAAACAAACCGGGUUCUGUGACGGGAGCGCAGCUGUCACGGGAAUAAAACAACCGAAACGCGAUAUAGCUCCGGUAUUAUCCUUACCGAGCGGGUAUGCAGGUCGUACCGGGAUCUCCGGACGGUUUAGUGCGGGUCUGUGUGCACGGAGUGUAAUUUUAAAGAAACGAAUCACCGGAAACGAGCGGAGUCUGCAGCGGAGCUAACAUGCUAACUGAUGACUAACGGUUAGGAUGUUGACUAAACUUUAUUGAAACUCGGGGAGGUUACCCGGAAGCCUGCGUGACGUCAUGGAACCCCUGUUAGACUUUGAGGAGUGCAUCAAGGACUCACCUGAGUUCAGACUGACUCUGGAUCAGUUUGAGGCCGAUGUUUCCCUGCUGGAGACACAGCUGGAGAAGGUGAUGAAGCUGUGCGGGAAGAUGGUGGAGGCGGGACAAGCGUACAACGCAGCCAAUCAGCUGUUCCUGGGCGGCCUGGCUGAACUCCUGUCGCAGCAGAAGAAGGAGCCGGUCAUGAUGAGCUGCCUGCAGCAGUUCCAGCAGGGCCUGCAGGAGAUGCUGAGCUUCCACACGAUGCUGCUGGAUCAGACGCAGAGAGCCAUCGUCCAGCAGCUCACCAACCUCUGCUCGCAGUUCCUGCCCCAGCUGGCCGACACCAGGAAGGAGUUCCUUCGGAUCGGAGACGACCUGGAGACGGCGGCGGCCAAGAACGCUCAGGUGUCGCGACACAAAGCGGCCGACGCCGAGCGGGCGAGCCACCUGCUGCUCGCCACACGCAAGUGUUACCAACACUUUGCCCUGGAUUACUGUCUGCAGCUCAACGCCUUUAAAACGCAGCAGAAGAUGGACGUGCUGAACUCAGUCUUCUCCUUCGUCCACGCUCAGUUCACCUUCUUCCACCAAGGCUUCGACCUGCUCCGGGACCUGGAGCCCAGCAUGAAGACCAUGGGAGCUCAGCUGUCGCAGCUUUCUGCCGACUGCGCCGCUAAAAGGAAGGAGCUGGAGAACCGACACCUGCUGGUGCAGCAGAGGGAUGCUUCAGGUGAGCAGAUGGUCGGCUCGUGUCCCGGCAGCGGUGCCGUCAUCCAGGGCUACCUGUUCAAACGCUCCAGGAGGAAACCCAAGACCUGGAAGAGAUGCUGGUUCACCAUCCGAGACAAUCGGCUCGUCUACAGGAAGUCCCACAAGGAGGACGCCGCCGUUCUGUUCGAGGACCUGCGCCUGUGUGCCGUGAAGCCCGCCGAGCAUCUGGACCGGCGGUUCUGCUUCGAGCUGCUGUCCGUCCAGAGGUGCUGCGCUCUGCAGGCCGACUCGGAGCCGCUGAAGCAGGCCUGGCUGGGCGCCCUGCAGGGCAGCAUCGACCUGGCCUACCGAGAGAGGAGCGACGCUCGCCUCACACAGGCAGGUCCACUUCAAGACCCCGCCCCUCUGCCCUGUGCCGGCGACGCCUCCCCGCCCUCUCACCGGCCCGCGGUGCUGGCCGUGGCCCUCGGGGGCCCGGGGAACCGGCGGUGCUGCGACUGCGGAGAGGAGGAACCUCGCUGGGCCUCCGUCAACCUGGGAGUCACCGUCUGCAUCCAGUGCUCCGGCAUCCACAGGAGCCUCGGAGUUCACCUGUCCAAGAUCCGCUCGCUGACGCUGGACUCCUGGGAGAACGAGCAGCUCAAGCUGCUGUGUGUUUUGGGAAACGACGUCGUGAAUCGGAUCUACGAGGCCAGAUGUUCCGAGGACGGACGAGUCAAACCCGGACCCGACAGCCCGAGGUCCGAGAAGGAGGCGUGGAUCAGAGCCAAAUACGUGGAGAAGAGGUUCGUGCGGCGCAGCGUCUCGGACGGCGCCCAGCCUCCGAAGGGGGCGGGGCUCCACCUGUACCGGGCCGCGUGUGCUGGAGACAUCGUCGCCAUGGCGACGGCUCUGGCCGAGGGGUCAGAGGUCAACGGCAGCGUCGCCGAGGAGGAGGGACGCACGGCGCUGAUCGGCGCGGCUGUCGGGGGGUCGCUGUCAGCCUGCGAGUUCCUGCUGCAGAACGGCGCCAACGUCAACCACCGCGACCUGAGGGGCCGCGGGGCGCUGCACGCCGCCGCCACCGCCGGUCACACCGGACAGGUGUGCCUGCUGCUGAAGAGAGGAGCCAAUCAGUACGCCGUAGACGAGCGAGGGCAGGACCCGCUGGCUAUCGCCGUGGAGACGGCCAACGCUGACAUCGUCACUCUGCUGCGCAUGGCCCGGAUGAACGAGGAGAUGAGGGACUCUGAGGGCGUCUUCAGCACCACGGGUGACGACGAGACGUUCCAGGACAUCUUCAGGGACUUCAGCGACAUGGCGUCAAACGACCCGGAGAAGCUCAGCAGGAGGCUGUUCAGCCGAGGAGCCGAGGAGGAGGAGGAGGAGGAGGAGGAGGGAGGAGGAGGAGGAGGAGGAGGAAGGGGGCUCGGUGUUGGACAGACGUCUGACUGACAGAAAGGGAAUCUGGUCCGUCCAUGUUACCAUAGCAACACGUAGGACGGCCGCAUUUUAUCAUGUAGAAACUUUGAGUUGGACCAAAGCUGAAGUCAGGAUGAAGAUUCGUGUUCAGCUUCUGCCAGAUUAUUUAUUAGGUCCGAUGUUGAGGUUCUGCUCGCUGAAGGCAGAUGGUUCUGCUGCGGGGACUGUCGGGUUCCCCCGUCUCUCCGGCCGGUGAAGUAGAACGAGUUUUUAUCAGCGAACGGCUCGGAUCGUUUCAGCAGAGCAGGUUCUGAGGAGGAGGACCGGUUCUGCUCACGGACCCGACCCGUUCAGGCAUCAAACGGUUCUCAUCAGGAAGUCCGGCUCGUUUCAUUUUAACAGAUUCCAGGAGGGUCCGGGUCGCUUUUCUGUUGACCCAGAGAACCAGAACCGACGUUUAUUCAUCUAAUCCAGAUUAAUUAGGAAAGUUCUGCACUUUGUAAUAAUGUGGACCACAAAGCAUCCUCUGCAUGUCCCGGUUAAUAAAGUCCGUGUUCUGCUCCGA